CCCCCCCCCCUUGUUACUAGUUUAUAAAGAGAAAAGUAUUCCUUUCCCUGUGGAUACGAACCUUACUACACUAUACUACGUAUUAGUGUCGUAUUGAUUAUUAUUUUGAGUGCACACCACGACAAAGUGCACGUCAAAUUUGGCGCCGUUGCCGGGGAAAGGCAAUUAUUUUUCUUUUUAUUUUAUUUCAAGAAAAAUAAAAAAAAAAAUAUAAUUAACCAAAAAUAUAAAGAGUUCUUAUUUUUCUAUUUCUGAGCUUUGUGAAGUAUAUGGUCCGAUAUCGUUCUAUAAACGAAAUCACUUAUCAAGCAAACCCCGAAAUAGAACAAGCCUUCGAGAGGUUGAGAAAUUUAAUUCCGCACAUACCCUCGGAGGAAACCUCAAACGCUAGCUCCAGUUCUAGCAAAUCUGAAGAGCCAAUUACUAUGGCUCAAGAAACAAGAACCUUGAGGGAGCUCACAGCUCCGAACUUGAAUCAACAACCGUUAUGUAUUACCUUCCCUACACUCAACGAGGGUAAUACAUUUGAGCUAAAAUCUGGGCUCAUUCAUCUUUUGCCAUCCUUCCAUGGCUUAAGAGGAGAGGAUCUGAAUAAACACCUCUCGGAAUUCCAUGUUGUGUGCACAAGCAUGUGCCCUAAUGGAGUCACCGAGGAGCAAAUCAAAUUGCGGGCUUUCCCAUUCUCACUCAAGGACACCGCAAAGGAUUGGCUAUUCUAUCUUCCUUCGGGAAGUAUAGAUACAUGGGCGGCCAUGAAGAAAGCUUUCCUCGAAAGGUACUAUCCAGCCUCUGUCUCCUCAUCACUCAAAAAGCAAAUCAGCAAUGUGGAGCAAAAUGAUGAUGAAUCGUUCUAUGAAUAUUGGGAACGAUUCAAAAAACUUUGUGCGAGCUGUCCAUAUCAUGGCUAUUCGGAGCAAGACCUCAUUUUAUACUUCUAUGAUAGUCUUUGCAACGAUGAUAGACGGAUGAUUAAUGCCGCGUGUGGAGGAGGAAUCGUUAACAAGACUCCUUCUCAGGUUAUGAAUCUUAUCUCGGAGUUGGCCGAGAAUUGUAGAUAUCACAACGGGCGGUCAUCAACAAAAAGAGUCAUGGCGGCCGAAUCAACAUCAUCUCUAGAAAGUCAAGUUGCCGGCUUGAGUUCUUUGGUUAAGGAUUUUCUUUUAAAUUCCAAAAUCCAAGAAGUCAAGGUCUGCGGCAUCUGCACACAACAAGGCCACCCCACCGAUGCAUGCCCGAGCCUUCAAGAAGAAAACCCCGAGCAGGUCAACGCUUUGGGAUUCCCAAACCAAAAGAGGUAUGAUUCUUACGGCAACACUUAUCAUCCCGGGUUUAGAGAUCACCCCAACUUAAGAUAUGGGAAUCCGCAAGGAAACCCACCACAAAAUAACCCUCCACAAAACCAAUUUCCUCAAAAGCAACCAUACUCUAAACCCCAAGGGCAAGGCUCAACUAUGUCCACCGAAGACAUGAUCCGAGCACUCACCUCUAAUGUCUCAACCAUGCAACAAAACAUGGUUCAAUUCCAACAUGAGACAAAAUCAAGCAUCCAAAACCUUGAGAAUCAAAUGAGCCAAAUCUCAAGUGCGGUGAGUAGGCUUGAAGCCAAGGAUUCAACAAAGCUUCCAUCUCAAACGGAGCCAAAUCCUAGGCAACAAGCCCAUGCGGUAACAUUGAGGAGUGGCAAAGAGUUGGUGAUUGCCAAGGAGAAAGCCAAAAGCCACAUUGGCGAGGAAGAGGAAGAAGAGCUUGUGGAGAAAACUCAACCGGAGGAAGGGGAAGCUCACAUUUCAACUCCAUCCCCAGUUAUUCAUGAAGUAGAGGCACCAUUUCCCGAAGCUCUAAGGGAAACACGGAGGGUGGACAAAGACAAGGACAUCUACGAGACAUUCUCCAAGUGUGAGGUAAAUAUUCCUCUUCUGAAUUUAAUAAAGGGUGUUCCCAGAUUUGCAAAAUUUUUCAAAGAGCUUUGUACAAUAAAAAGAAAACAUAGACUCAAUGGAAAACAAAAAGUCCAAGUUAGUGAACGUGUUUCCGCGGUCUUUCAAAAGAAACUCCCAAAGAAAUACAAUGACCCCGGAAUGUUCACUAUACCUUGUAAGUUGGGCGGCACUACGUUUUCAAAGCCAUGCUAGACUUAGGAGCAUCAAUCAAUGUUAUUCCUUAUUCUUUGUAUAAAGCACUUGAGCUUGGUCCUUUAAACGAAACCGGAGUGGUUAUCCAACUUGCGGAUAGAUCAAACGCCUACCCUAAAGGUAUUGUCGAAGACGUACUAGUUAUGGUAGACAAUUUGAUCUUUUCCGCCGACUUUUAUGUUUUAGAAAUGGAAAAUGACAAGAAUGCGGUUCCUAUCCUUUUAGGAAGGCCAUUUUUAAAGACCGCUAGAGCUAAAAUUGAUGUUUUUAGCGGAUCUUUAACUCUGGAAUUUGAUGGAGAUAAAGUUGAAUUCAAUAUUUACGACUCCAUGAAAUACCCAAAUGAAAAUCAUUCUCUAUUUGCCAUUGAUAUUAUAGAUCCCAUUGUGCAAAAUACUUUUGAAAUGAAUAGGGAGGAUGAGCUGCUAAGUGUAAUUGAGAAUGACCUCGGGGAAAAUUCUUUAGAACUUGCUUUGACCCCCAAUAGGCAAGCCAUGAUGGUGGAGUUGGAUAACCAUUUCCAACUUCCACUUAUGCCACCGGGGUCAAGAGCAUUCCCACUAACCAUCCCCGAGGAGAAGCCUUUGCCUUCUAUUAUGCAGGCCCCCGAAGUUGAGAUGAAACCACUCCCAACACAUUUGAAAUAUGUGUACCUUGGAGAAAAAGAAACAUUACCGGUCAUAAUCUCGAACAAACUGACCGGAGAGCAAGAAAGGAAGCUAAUUGCGGUGCUUAAAGAGCACAAACUUGCAAUCGGAUGGACUAUAGCCGACAUUAAAGGCAUUAGUCCAUCUACUUGCAUGCACCGCAUCUUGAUGGAGGAUGAAGCCAAACCGGUGCGCCAACCACAACGGAGAUUGAACCCACCUAUGAUGGAGGUGGUAAAAAAGGAGGUCAUCAAGCUUCUCCAAAUGGGGAUAAUCUUCCCCAUAUCCGAUAGCAAGUGGGUUAGUCCAACCCAAGUUGUUCCCAAGAAGACCGGAGUCACGGUGGUGGAGAACAAACAUGGAGAACUUAUGCCCACCCGAAUUCAAAAUGGAUGGAGGGUAUGUAUAGAUUACCGUCGCCUCAACGCGGUAACUAGAAAGGAUUUCUUUCCUUUACCCUUCAUUGAUCAAAUGCUUGAGAGACUUGCGGGACAUAAAUUCUAUUGCUUCCUUGAUGGCUAUUCCGGGUACUUUCAAGUGCCCAUAGCCCCUGAAGAUCAAGAGAAGACAACAUUCACUUGUCCAUUUGGCACUUUUGCCUAUCGACGUAUGCCAUUCGGACUUUGUAACGCACCCGCCACCUUCCAAAGAUGCAUGAUGAGCAUAUUCUCCGAGUAUGUUGAGCUAUUUAUGGAAGUUUUCAUGGAUGACUUCACAAUCCAUGGGGACUCAUUUGAUUCAUGCUUAUAUCAUCUCUCCCUUGUGCUCAAAAGUUGUUUAGAAUCAAACCUUGUUUUGAAUUCUGAAAAAUGCCACUUCAUGGUGGAAGAAGGAAUUGUUCUAGGCCAUGUAAUCUCAUCCAAAGGGAUAGAGGUUGACAAGGCCAAAGUUGAAGUCAUACAAUCACUCCCUUAUCCUACCACCAUUAGGGAGAUACGGUCAUUCCUUGGACAUGCAGGUUUCUACCGGAGAUUCAUCAAAGAUUUCUCAAAGAUUGCAUCUCCUUUAUGCACUCUUUUGCAAAAGGAGGUGGAAUUCAUCUUCUCCGAAGAAUGCAAGAAGGCCUUCAAUACGUUGAAGGAAAAGCUAGUAACCGCACCUAUCAUCCAAGCUCCCGAUUGGUCUCUUCCAUUUGAGAUCAUGUGUGAUGCUAGCGAAUAUGCGGUCGGGGCCGUCUUGGGCCAAAAAGUGGGAAGAGCUUCUCAUGUGAUUUACUAUGCAUCCACCACACUCAAUGAUGCUCAGCGCAACUACGCCACCACCGAAAAAGAAAUGUUGGCCGUCGUCUACGCACUUGAAAAAUUCAGGUCAUACUUACUUGGAACCAAAGUGAUCAUUUACACCGAUCAUGCGGCUCUUAGAUUUUUAAUGACAAAGAAGGAGGCCAAACCGAGGUUGAUUCGGUGGAUACUACUCUUGAGCGAGUUUGAUGUUGAGAUCAAGGAUAAGAAGGGCAUGGAGAACUUGGUGGCCGAUCACUUGAGCCGUUUAGUACUUGAUGAAGGAAAUGAUCAUAUCAAGGAUGAUAUCCGAGGGGAAUUUCCCGAUGAGACUCUUUUUUCUCUUAAGGAAAUUCGCCCUUGGUACGCUCACAUUGUUAAUUUCCUUGUUCUAAACAGGUUCCCACCAAGCUUCUCUAAAGCUCAAAGGGAGAAGCUCCAACACGAUGCAAAACAGUACGUAUGGGAUGAACCAUACUUGUGGAAACAUUGCAAAGAUCAAGUCAUUAGAAGGUGCAUCCCCGAGACAGAGAUAGCAUCCAUUCUCACCUUCUAUCACUCACAUGCAUGUGGUGGCCACUUUGGAAGCAAGCGAACGGCCAUGAAGGUACUUGAAUGCGGUUUUUGGUGGCCAAGCUUAUUUCGAGAUGCCCAUGUCUUUUGUCAAUCCUGUGACAAUUGCCAACGCAUGGGCAACAUCUCUCGAAAACAUGAGAUGCCACAAGUUCCUAUGCUCUAUGUGGAAAUAUUCGAUGUUUGGGGAAUAGAUUUCAUGGGACCUUUUCCUAACUCCCAUGGAAAUCUAUACAUUCUUUUGGCAGUGGACUAUGUUUCAAAAUGGGUGGAAGCAAAAGCCACCAAAACCGAUGAUGCCAAAGUAGUGGCAGAUUUCAUCAAGACCCGCAUCUUCUCAAGGUUUGGAGUCCCGCGCAUCUUGAUAAGUGAUAGAGGCACUCACUUCCACAACAAAACUGUGAGUGCCUUGUUGAAGAAAUAUGGUGUCACCCACAAGCUCUCCACCGCCUAUCACCCGCAAACAAACGGCCAAGCCGAGGUCUCGAACAGGGAGUUGAAGUCUAUACUCCAAAAGACGGUGAACCCUAACCGUAAAGAUUGGAGUCUUCGGAUAGAUGAUGCCUUGUGGGCAUAUAGAACCGCUUUCAAAACACCAAUUGGAAUGUCUCCCUAUAGACUUGUGUUCGGGAAGGCCUGUCAUCUCCCGGUCGAACUCGAACAUAAGUCUUAUUGGGCGGUAAAAACAUUCAAUCUUGACAUGGAGCAAGCGGGGAUGCAAAGGAAGCUACAACUCCAAGAGCUAGAGGAACUUCGACUUGAGUCCUAUGAGAACGCCGCCAUCUACAAGGAAAAGACAAAGGUAUGGCAUGAUAAAAUGAUAAUGAGAAAGGACUUCCAAAUCGGAGACAAAGUCCUUCUCUUUCUCUCACGCCUUCGUCUUUUCCCCGGUAAACUGAGGUCACGAUGGGAUGGACCAUUCGAGGUAGUCAAAGUCUACCCUCACGGAGCAGUUGAAAUAAAGAGCCUCGACACUGGCAAAAUCCUCAAGGUUAACGGACAUCAACUCAAACCGUUCCUUGAGAACUUUUCAAAAGAAAGCGUUGAAUGCAUGGAUCUCGUCGAUCCAAUCUAUGAAGGAUGAACUAUACCAUGGCGUCGUGCCGCGACGUUAAAUUAGGCGCUUCUUGGGAGGCAACCCAAGCAAGGUAUGUUUUCUUUUCAGCUUAUUUCAUUAUGUGUGUGUGUCAAAAAAAAAAUGAAAAAAAAAAAGAGAAGAAUGAGAAAAAAAAGUGUAUCUGGGGACAUGCCCGAUCGAGUAUUCUGUAAUACUCGGUCGGGUAUGGGUAAAAAGGGGAACCCGGUUUUCAUACUCGAUCGAGGUCCAGAUCAAUUUUCAAAGAUACAGGCCUACUCGAUCGAGUAUUGUAACAUACCCGGUCGAGUAUGCCUGGAAAAUCAACUCCAUCGGAAGCCUGUCUCUGAGGCCCGAUCGAGUACAUAUCCAUACUCGAUCGAGUAUUUGUGGAAAAACAACAGCAAUAAACCCCUGCCUCCUAUACCCGAUCGAGUACAUAUCCAUACUCGGUCGAGUAUUUGUGAAAAACCAACUUUUCUGUCCCCCUGCCUCCGGUACCCGAUCGGGUAUACAGGGAUACUCGAUCGGGUACCCCUGCGAUUUAUACACCAAAACACCCAUUUUCACUUCAUCUUCUCCAAAUAAACACCCAACUUCGAACACAUCCCCUCCCAACCUCCAUUUUUCUAUCUUCUCUCUACCAUAUCUCCCUCAUUUCUUCACCAAAUCAUCUCAUUUCACCACCAAAAUACUCCCUUCACUCUCCUCUCCAUAUCUAUACCCAAAAAUCCCAUUUUCCCCAAACUUCCACCAAAUCCCAAAAACCCUACCCCCAUUCGAAUUUUUGCCUCUUUAAGCUCAAAAGCUUCACAAAUGGCACCAAGGAAGAAUAGGGGAGAGAGCUCAAGCACCAUAGCACCUAUCCCGGGCUUUGAAGACAUCAUUCCCGCCGACGCCGAACACCGAACUAGACUCCUAGCAACAACAAAAAGGCAAGUAAAACCUUCCCGUUUUCUAUGCCAUGAUGCUCUACGUGAAUUAGGAGUCUAUAAGAGUUGUAGAAAAUUCUUUCAUGCAUUAGAUAUGGACCGUAUUUUCAAUAUGAAAUACAAUUCUAAUGAACGAAUUAUCUACGAAUUCAUGAGUUCGGUAAAAUUUGAAAGUGAUGAGGCGGAUUUUAGGGAUGAUAGACUCGAGUUUCGUCUGUUUAACCGAAACUACUCAAUAACGAAACUCGAGUUUGCUGAACAUUUUGGCAUCCCGGUGCCCUACGAGAGAGCCAUCUCGGAUAACACCAUCUUUGGGCACUCCCUAUGGACGAAGAUGACCGGGGAAGUGAAAUUUAGUUCCUCCCAAAUGUAUAUCAGUCAUGUCCAACACCCCGUUCUCCGGUUGUUCUUAAAAUUCUUGGCGAAUUGCUUGCUUGGCCGUCCCAACAACCAUCACACUAGAAUCGGGGACGUGUGUUUGAUGUCCGUGGCCUUAUUCCGUCGCCACGUGGACUUUAAUCUAUGCAAUCUCAUAUGGGCACAUUUAAAAAAGGAAAGCUUAGCCAAAGGGACCAUAGUUGUGGGUGGAGUGAUAAUGCACUUGGCGAGUAGGUUCGGGUAUACGGAUAACUCUCCUAUACCCGACUAUUGCUUGAUGGAUAUGGGUUGGUUAGGACGCUCGGGAUGUACAUCUUUCUCCCAUACGGUUUAUAUUGGAGACCAACCCAAAAACAUGUACAAUUGGGUCAUCCACGUACAACCUGUCCAUUAUUUCCUAAUGCCAAACCCGGACACCCCCAAACUAACCUAUAGACCGGAGUUCGAGGUGCCCCAUUUCCUAUUCCCUCAUGCCCUUCCACCACAUCUCCAAGAACCACAAGCCCAAGAUCUCCCAGAAGACCAACCCGACCAAGAACCCCAACCCGAGUACCAAGAACCCGAGGUUGCACACCACUACCUACCCGCACCAAACCAAGCCCCCCCACCUCCCGAUUACUUCCAACAAAUGCUUGAAGGACUCAACAAAGUUACCAAUGAAGUUGGUAAAUAUCGGGAGGAACAAAGGGCGAGAUUUCAAAGACUAGAGGAGCAACGGGCCGAUGACAACCGCAGAUAUGAAGAAGAUCAACGUAGGUUUUAUGGACCUAUGUACUCUUACAUGGCCCAUCAAGGCCAGUUCCAUACCAUGGCUCACCCACCCCCACCCCCCUCUUGGUAUGACCCCACUCAAUGGGGCAACUUUGGAGGAUCGAGCUCCGGGGGUGGCGGUUUUGAUGGCGGGGACGGCGGGGAUACUCACAUGGGAGACGGGAACUUUGGAGGAGGUUUUGGAGGCGGCUUCUACGGCGGAGAAGGCGGGCACUAGGGACAGUGCUUGGACUGAGAAGGGGGGAGACUCCUCAUGGAACUCAUUUGAUCUCUUGGAAGAAGAAGAAGAAGAAGAAGAAGAAGAAGAAGAAGAAGAAGAAGAAGAAGAAGAAAAAGGAGAAGAGGAAGAAAAGAUGAACACUAGAAGACCAUAAAACCCAAGAUGACAUUUGUAAUUUAAGCAUUAAAACUCAUAUUUUAUCCUUGGUGGUCUUUGUGUUUUUAUCUUGUUAAAAACUUUUGAAACUCUGGGAAUCUUUACACUUGUAAACAUUGAACUUUACUCGAGGACGAGUAAAGAACUAAGUGUGGGAGAGUUGAUACGUUUGUAAUUUCCGUGUGUUUAAUUACAUUUUUAGUUAGUUUUGGUUGUUUAGUAUUUCGGAAAUUACACACUUUCGGUGAAAUAGUUUAGUUUGUUAAAUUCUUGUAAAUUGUUUAGAUUAGGUUUAUUCUGAGCUCAAACAGGUCUGACAUCACUCAAGGACAGUUGGUGAAACCCAAAAAGUUGAAGGAAGGUGCAAAAUCACAAGACAAAAGAAGGAAAUCCUGAUUUUGUCUAUACUCGGUCGAGUAUCUCCUAUACUCGAUCGAGUAUCUGGUUGAAUUUUCAAAUCGGAUCGGAUCCGAAAACAAAGGAACAUGCAGAGGAAGAUUUCCCCACGAUCGAGUGUCUAUACCCGAUCGGGUACACCGACAUACUCGAUCGGGUAUAGCUAUGAAUUCUACUAUAAAUUCGAUCGAGUAUGGAUCGAAUUCAGCUUUCUGCACAUACUCGAUCGAGUACAUAUAUAUACUCGAUCGAGUACCCGACCUGCACCCCAAGAAGCCUAUAAAUACACCUCCUU